AUGUGGGACAUGGAAGGAACUGGGGAUAUUGCAGAGGAAAUAACUGGGUUGAGAGGCUGUAUGGUUAGAAUGGGUAUCAUGGCUGUACCUCUGUUGCUGCGUUUCUCCAGCUUCUUGGAUCCUUCUAACAUGGUUUACCUCCGCUGGGACCACGAUGAACAGGAGAUGAUCACCUUUGAGCUCCGGGUCCGUACACCUGGCUGGGUGGCAUUUGGGUUCAGCCCUCAUGGAGAAUUAUCUGGAUCUGACAUUGUGAUCGGAGGUGUCUUUCCUAAUGGCAGCAUAUAUUUCUCUGACUGUCAUCUUGUAGAUGAAGCAACUCUUGAUGAAGAUGAGAGCCAGGACUACCAACUGCUGUCACUGACGCAGAAUGAGACUUUUACCACUAUGAUGUUCAAACGCCACCUCUGUACAUGUGAUCUGAAUGACCUAGAUAUCACAAUGGAUACAGCACGCCUCAUUACAGCAUUUGGCACUGAUGACACAGUUCAAUUCUCUAAAGGCCAAAAGUUUUCCAAAUCUCUUUUCCUGAUGAAGUACAGAGGGUCAUCUGACUCGACUGAUCCCAAAAUAUUCUUCACAUAUGAUCUGAGGUUGGACAAUUUUGCUGUUCCAGCUGAAGAAACUAAGUAUGCUUGUACCUUUAUCCCAUUGCCUAUGGUCAAGCAGAAACAUCAUAUCUAUAAGUUUGAACCUGUAUUAACACCCCACAAUACUACUUUGGUUCAUCACAUCCUGGUUUAUGCCUGUGGCAGUGACAGUGUACUACCCAGUGGCAUAGAUGAUUGUUAUGGAGCUGAUCCAGAUUUUGCCCUAUGCUCUCAGGUGCUUGUGGGCUGGGCUGUUGGGGGAGAGUCCUAUCAAUUUCCAGAUGAAACUGCCCUCUCCAUAGGGACACCUUUGGACCCUCAGUAUGUCCGACUGGAAAUCCACUACAGCAAUUUUGACUUGUUACCAGGUUUGAUCGACAGCUCAGGGGUACGAAUCUACUACACAUCGGAGCUGCGGAAAUAUGAUGUGGGGGUUCUGCAGACAGGCAUCUUCACUUUUCCUGUACAUUUCAUCCCUCCUGGAGCAGAAUCCUAUAGAUCUUACGGCCUUUGCAAUACUAGCCAGUUUGAUGAAGUGAAUGGGAUACCAGUUCCAGAGCUGCACGCGUUUGCCUAUCUCCUUCACACCCACCUAUCUGGUAGAGGAGUGAGAGUAGCCCAGUACCGGAGCGGUGAGCAGCUGGGCAUCAUCUGUGAGGACAAAAAGUAUGAUUUCACACUGCAGGAGGUUCGGGAUCUGAAGAAAAUCCUCACAAUCAAACCAGGGGAUGAGAUCCUGGUGGAAUGUAGCUUCCAGACACUGGAUCGGUCAGGGAUUACUUUUAGUGGGCUAAGUACCAUGAAUGAGAUGUGCCUCGCAUUCCUCUUCUACUAUCCUCGUAACAACAUCUCCAGUUGUACAAGCUACCCUGACAUUUUGUAUAUUGCCCACAUGCUCAAGCAGGAGGCCUCAGAUACUGUAGAAGGAAUGAUGGCCAUGGACUUUAUUGACUGGGACAAUGAGACCAUCAAAAGUGCAGAGAAAGCAGCCAAGGAGGCAAAUCAAGUAGUUGUAAUUAAAACAAUUAAUGAACUGCAGAAAAUUGAGAGCGGCCUAAUCAGAGACAUGAUUAAUCCAGAGCAGCCUGCCUGUCUUAAUAUUUCAGAAAAUAUCUCACUGUCACUGAAGGCUGCUACAAACCUUCAUUUUGCUGCAGAACGCAG